CUUUUUGGAGUUGAUGCGUUGGUGAGAGUUUUACUGAAUCUCAGAGGCGAAGCGUAAAAUUCAAGCGAGAAGAUACGCCAUAUUUUGGGUUUCUUUUCCCUUUCAGCUUUUGGGCUUUAGGCUUAAUAUCAAUAGCAGGACAAGAAAGAGAGCGGGACAAUGGCAAACUCGACGGUGCAGCCGAGCCGGUCGACAGACCUGGACAAGCUGCUUCUCAGACCCGGCAAUCUCGUCGCCCCUACCUUCGAACCCGGUAUCCAAUUGAGAGAUGAUCUUCAAGAGUAUGCUCGAAUAUUGGUGGUAGGAGCUGGUGGGUUGGGCUGUGAGCUGCUAAAGGACUUGGCUUUAUCGGGUUUUAAGAAUUUGGAGGUCAUCGACAUGGACCGCAUCGAAGUUUCUAAUCUCAAUCGCCAGUUCCUGUUCAGGCUUGAAGAUGUUGGUAAGCCAAAGGCUGAAGUAGCAGCCAAGCGUGUGAUGGAAAGGGUUAGUGGUGUGAAUAUUGUGCCACAUUUUUGUCGGAUCGAAGACAAAGAAAUUGAUUUUUAUAGUGAUUUUAGUAUUAUUGUGCUUGGUCUUGAUUCCAUUGAGGCCCGGAGCUAUAUAAAUGCUGUAGCUUGUAGCUUUCUUGAGUAUGAUUCUGAUGAUAAUCCACGGGAAGAAACAAUGAAGCCCAUGGUAGAUGGUGGGACUGAAGGCUUCAAGGGCCAUGCUAGAGUUAUUAUGCCAGGAGUCACGCCAUGCUUUGAGUGUACCAUCUGGCUUUUCCCCCCUCAAGUCAAGUUUCCUUUGUGCACUCUUGCAGAAACCCCUAGAACUCCUGCUCAUUGUAUUGAAUAUGCUCACUUAAUAAAAUGGGAUGAGGUUCACAGUGGAAAGACUUUUGAUCCAGAUGACCCGGAACAUAUGAAGUGGGUUUAUGGUGAGGCUGUCAAGAGAGCUGAGCUUUUUGGCAUUCAAGGAGUUACGUAUUCCCUUACUCAGGGUGUUGUGAAAAACAUAAUACCGGCUAUUGCUUCCACCAAUGCAAUUAUAUCAGCUGCAUGUGCGUUGGAAACCUUGAAGAUUGCAUCAGGAUGCAGCAAAACUCUGUCCAAUUAUCUAACGUAUAAUGGCGUGGAAGGUCUCCACAUUAAAGUGACUGAAUUUGUGAAGGACAAGGAUUGUCUUGUUUGUGGUCCGGGUGUUCUUAUGGAGUUAGACACUUCAGUUACUUUGCAAAAGUUGAUUGAUAUGCUUGAAGAGCAUCCUAAGCUUUUGCUAUCAAAAGCAAGCAUCAUACACCGAGGAAAGAAUUUGUACAUGCAAGCACCUCCAGUUCUAGAAGAGAUGACUCGAUCAAAUCUAAGCCUACCGCUAUUUGAACUUAUGGGUAAAGUUUCAAAGGGCAUUGUCCAUGUGAAUGGCAUGACCAACCAGAAUGGCAGUAAAACCUCUUGUCUGAGAAAAUUACGAGUUGUCUUCAAGGGAAUUGAUGGGGUCACAGAUAUGGACAUGGCUGGCGGAGCAUAAUUUUGCCUACAGCACUUGGAUUUAACUUGCAGAAAUUCUCCCAACUCUGGAAGAUACUCCAUGAAAGAGUUUCUUGACUGGAGUCAAAAGUUCUUGACAAAUUGAAAUCCGUUUUUAUGUGUAACAAUUCUCAAGAUAGUCUUUAAGGAAACCCCUGUAGAUGUGACAUGAUUACCAAAAGUUAUUAACAAAGAUUUAAUUUUUUCGUUAUUUUUCCAAAAA